AUGUCUGGCAGGGGGCCCUCUACCAGCAGCAAGUUCGGAAAAGGAACUGAAUGUGGAACAAUAGUGCUGUUACAGCCCCAAGGGGGUGUGCAAAGCCCCACCUACCCACAACCCUACAGCAACAACACCCUAUGCGGCUGGGUCAUCUAUGCCCCAGAGGGCCACCUAGUCAAGGAGCCCCCCUCCAGCUGUUCUCAGCUAUGGUUGUGUAAUGAUUCUGCAGUUCACCACAGACAGCACUGUGUGCACUGCUAUUUAAUGCCUCGGUGUCUUUCAUCAGCGAAAAAGAUCUCAGAGAGACGGCAUAUGAAGAUCAGGGGGAGGAAUUAGAUGAUGACAGCAAUGUUGUCUCAACACAUUUACAGGCUGGUUUGUCCUGCACACACUUGCCUUUGUCUUUUUGUUGUCUUGGCCUGUUCUCCACUACAGUGUUUUGAGGCAGGUUUCUUGUCUCAAAGGCCCUAGAACUAUGUAUGGAAUUCAAACAGAAUCAAAAAUUUGUAAAAUGAGCUAGCAUACACAUAUUGAGUUCACAAAUAACAAUGCAUGUAUCUCUGUACACAGGUUUGGGAGGGUUACUUUUGAAAUGUA